CACACAGAGCAGCUUUUGUCUGAUGAAUCUUAACAAGCCAUGAGCUAAAUUGGAGUCACAAGUGUGCACAGUCUGCGGACAGUUUCAGGCUGCAGCCCGUCUACCUCUGCUUUAUUCCUUACAAAUCAUGAUCUGAGCAGCAGAGUCUGGGGGGAGUGUGAGAGUGUUCUAGCACAAUAUGGAGAGCUGGCUCUGUUUUCUGCUGCUGUGCACACUAAGUUCAGUGCCUGCCUUGGGAGAGCAGACGAGAAAUGAUGAUGACAUCGACCUUGUCAGCUUUCUGAGGAGUAUCUACUCGGGGCUACUGGUGAGAGACGAGCCGUUCAUCAUCAACAGAGACUUUGAGAUAAACUCCCUGAAGGAGCUGGGACGCCCUGCAGAAUUCUCCAUCACGAAGCAGACCGAGGAUAAACCAGUCAGACAGGAUACAAAUCCAGCUCCGGGACCUGUGGUGUUAACUAAAGAUGGACAGAUCAAGGGGGUGACGGUGGAUAAGAGCCAUAUUUUCUAUGGGGUGCCGUUCGCGGAUCCUCCCGUCGGGGCUUAUCGCUGGAAGCCCCCCAGACCUGUGAGUCCUUGGCCGGGGGUUUAUGAUGCCUCCUUUCCCAGGGCGGCGUGCAUGCAGGCCUGCAGUGGACCAAUCACAGAGGAGUGUUCCCGGAUAGUGAGUGAGGACUGUCUCUACCUGAACAUCUUCGUCCCUCUGGAUGUGGACUUCAGCUCCCCUCUGAGGAGCACGCUGCCCGUCAUGGUGUGGAUCCACGGCGGGGAUUUCAUCGCUGGUUCUGCCUCCAAGCCGCUGUAUGAUGGACGCUUCAUCAGUAACUUCACACACACUGUUGUCGUUAGCAUGGAGUACAGACUGGGUGCCUUUGGGUUCCUGGUGUCUGGGAAAGACCCCCACACCUCAGCUGUGGGAAAUUAUGGGAUCUUGGACCAGCAGGCGGCUCUCCUUUGGGUCCAACAGAACAUUGCAGGGUUUGGAGGGGAUCCCAGCAAGGUGACAGUAUUUGGGGAGAGCGCAGGUGCUCAGUCAGUGAGUCUUCACCUGAUGAUCCAGAGCAGUAAACCUCUGUUUAAACAGGCCGUGCUGCAGAGUCUUCCCUUCUCCAUCCCUCUCAAGACCAGACACGACGCCCUGAAGCUGGGAAAAGACUUCGCCAAACAGACCAACUGCUCAGUGAGCGACAUCGUCUGCCUGCUGUCUCUCUCUCCACACGCCGUCCUGGCCGCCCAGAUGAAAACAAGUUCCAAGAUUGUGAACCCGUUCAGGUUUCUGGAGGUAUUCGAGACGUGGGGUCCCCACAUCGACGGGGAGUUCAUAAAAGAGCAAGCUGUGACCGCCUUCCUGAAGGGCCACUGGCAGAAGGAGAAGCAAGUGCUGCUGGGUACGACCUCAGAGGAAGGGGUGAUCUUUGUGUAUGGUGUCUUCAACAAGCCGGUGUCUGCAAUAGAGAGCACGGUGUACAUCACCGCCAUCUUUAAACAACACGCCCUGCGGAUCCUGCACAAGUACCUUCCUCUGUACAGGGACACCGACCGCAGGAACAUGCUCGCUCAGAUUGUCACAGACUACGUCUUCCUGUGUCCUUCCAGGAGGUCGGCGCGGGCAGCCACAGCAGCGGGAAGCGAGGCGUGGAUGUACACGUUCGACCACGUGGCGUCGGACCAUCGCGUGUGGUCAGGUCUGACUUUCUGCUAUCAGCACGUCUGCCACGGCGCCGAGCUGCCUUUUCUCUUCCACUCCGCCUCGGUCGCCAACUUCACGCUCUCGCCUCCCGAGAAGCUGCUGUCCAAUCGGAUGCUGUGUUACUGGGGCGCCUUCGCUCACACCGGCGACCCCUCCUCGCGGGUCCAACAGUCGACUUUCUGCCGGGAGCAGCGUCUCCCCGUUUGGCCGCGCUACUCUGACACCAGCGGCUGGCUGAAGAUGAACCUGACAGUUCGGUCACACGCACAGGUCGGAACCAGGAACCAUGUGUGCGACUUCUGGGACCACCUGGGAAUCUAUUAGCAAGGGACAGGGUGAUGGGAGGGGGGGAGGGGGUGUUGGGCUGCUUUGCAUUAAAGUAGAAUCAAAACAUGCUGUCCUCUUUGUUCUGGAGGUGAUUUGUCCUUCGCAGCCUACAACCUCCUGGUAACUCCGCCUCCCCAUCAGACUCCGAGAUACUCGUCUCAGUCAUGUUUUUUCUUGUAUUCUUCUUGUUACUCGUCUAUGUAAAGCGCCAGAGGGUCCUUUGAAAGGCGCUAUAUGAAUUCAAUUUGUCAUUAUGAGAAGGAAGGGGUACCUGAAUUUGUUUGAUUUUUAACUUCUUGUUAUUUUUGAUAAUUAUAUUCCUGUUUCUUGAGCUGUUGUGACAAAAAAUUUCCCCCAUGGGGGAUCAAUAAAGUUUAUCUUUAUCUUUA